AGAGGAGAGGAGAGGAGAGAGGAGAGGAGGAGGAGAGGAGAGGCCGGUACCCAGUACCUAACAGCAGCAGCAAUACAGAAAAGGUGGAAGCAGGCAAUGUGGAGAAGCAGCUGACUCAGCGCCUCUCCAAUACCGCCGGAUGACUGCCCAUUCCAGCAUCGCCGGACCCUGCAUCUGACGGGAGAGAGAGAGAGGGGGGGGGGGGGGGGGUGGCAGAGGGAGGGAGGAGGAUUUUUCUUCCAGAUGCACUGGCCCCCGUGUGAUUUUUCGGCCUCUCUAAACCCUGGACAAAUGCGUUCCUGAUGUCUGCGUGGAGGCUGGCGAGCUCGGCAUUCUCUACAGGAUGAAUGAGGGAGGCAUCUGUGCAGCUCCACCCGUUUUCCCCGUCGUCUCUGCAGACCCUGAAGGCUCAAACCCCGGGGAGGAGCAGGAGGGUUCGCCGCCGUCCCGGGGAGUCCACUGCAGCGGCUGCAUCGUUUGGCCUCGCCAGCAGACCUGGUUGUGCGUCGUCCCGCUUCUCAUCGGCUUCAUCGGGCUGGGGCUCAGCCUGAUGCUGCUCAGGUGGAUUGUGGUGGGCUCGGUCAAGGAGUAUGUGCCGCCAGACCAGCGGGAAUCCAACCGCGUCGGGCAGGAUCCCAUCUUCCUCUCCAAGCCCAGCUCCGUCCCGAAGAAUCGAGAUACGACCACCAGCACCACCACCACCCACCCCCCAGUCAAUCCUCUUGGUCCCGGCACCCGGGGGACCUCGCCCGUCACCCCCAGACUCGUCACACAGGGCACGGUCCACUCCACCACCAACACCGCCCUGCGAAGCCCCUCCACCCCCACCCCCAGGCCGGGGGUCCCGCUCACCUCCAGUGGCCCCGGGACGUCGCCCUACCGCCUCACGCCCACCGCCACCCACGGGACGCCCUGGCACACGCUGCCCUACUCUACCUCUGCCAGCAAAUUCUUCCUGCACGACUCCACGCCGUCCUGGACACUAUCGAAAACGGGGCCAUCGACCACCGACACUCGUUCCGUCGUCAGACCCAAAUUCCCUACCACCACCGACACCACAGAGAGGUCGGAGCACUUUAAGCCGUGUGCGGACAAGGACCUCGCCUACUGCCUGAACGAGGGAGAGUGCUUCAUCAUCGAGACCAUCAAUGGGAAUAACAAACACUGCCGAUGCAAGGAAGGAUACCAAGGUGUUCGCUGUGACCAGUAUCUGCCGAAAACUGAUUCCAUCCUCUCUGAUCCAACAGAACAUCUCGGAAUAGAAUUUAUGGAGAGUGAGGAUCUGUACCAGCGCCAGAUCAUGUCAAUAACCUGCAUCACAAUCGGACUGACAGUGGUCGGGAUGCUUUGCGUGGUUCUUUACUUCAAAACAAAAAAACAAAGACAGAAGUUGCGAGAUCAAGGCAAGGAGAUUCGCUUUGCAAAGAGCUACAGUCUGAACGCCACGGACAUGAACAGACCAGACAGUCCUCAUCAGAGCGUCCUGCCUCUGGAGAAGUACACCAAGCCAGGCACCAAUAUUGGGGAGGAACGGCGGAAAGUUCUGGAAUCGCAGUUCUUGGCUGCUGGAUUGUCCCCGGCCAAAUCCUCGCCAUCGCCAAAACCAUUGGGGAAACCGCAAAGGUAUUGUCCUUCCUCCUCACUGAGCCCGAGGCAGCUGGGCAGGAUGUCGUCCAGGGUCAGCCCCCGCCCCUCGCCUCCGCUACUCCACGGUUCGCCGAGUUCACUUGGAGGAGGACAAGCCUCAAAGUCACCCAGCACAAGCAGACCGAUGCAAGAGCAACCUCCAUCAGUCAAUGACCUGCUGGACAGAAAACGAGCUGCAGCCGUGGGCCGGCAUUGCCCGGAGAGUCCCGGUGAGGCUCGGCCCGAAGCCUUCCACCGACCGGUGCAGCUGUGCCCGCUGGAGCUGCGAGACAGGGGCAGGCCGGGGCAGUGCUGGGCCGCCUCGGUGCCCGUCACCCCACUGAUGGGGGAGAGGAGCUGCGUGCGGGUGCAGGCGGAGUGCCGGGAUGGGGACCGAGCCGACACCUCUCCCUGCUCCUUCCCAACCGAGCUGACCAGCGCCAGCGCCCCCAACACCCCGCUCCGUGCAGCGGACGGGCAACAAGUGGAGAUGCUCCUACAGACGGUGCAGCGGCAGAUCCAGCUGUUGGCUCUGGCCGGACGCAACCCCGAGGACUAUGAACUAAUCAACGAGUGCGAGGAGCAAGCUGGAGACAACACGGAUUUUCUUCCUGUGGCCUCAGCAGAGGAGGUACCAUUUCUGCUGAAGAAGGAACAAUGUAGAGACUGUGAGCUGGGAAAGUGACAUUCUGCUAGCUGUACCUUCAUUGCAUUGCGAACCUGGGAAAUGGGAAGAGUAAGACCAGAGGAAAAUUAUUUAUAUGCAUUUAUUUAAAGCAUUUAAUUAGAAACCAAAUAGUCUGUUGCCCCCAUAGUGGUUUAUGGAAACUAUUUUGUAUUGUUUUAUCAGAUAAUGUUUCUUUAUUUCUGGUGAAGAUCUUAGUGCCUAUUGUCCGCAGUGGGUGUAUAAUGGGACGUGCUGUGUUUCACCAGAUUAACUCCCAGCACCUACAUCGUUCGCACAGCCUCACUCUCUGGACUAAGCGCGGACCUGGGUCUUGCCAUUGGCACAGCCAAGGGGUACAAGGGUUGCAACGUGCAAGGGCACAGAGGAGAGAUAACACACUUCACCGGGUGUGAGGGUUUCGGACCAGACACCGUCCGUGGCAAGCGAUUCAAGAGAGAGUUAGACUUAGCUCGUAGGGCUAAUGGAAUCAAGGGAUAUGGGGAGAAAGCAGGAACGGGGUACUGAUUUUGGAUGACAA